CGAUCAAGCGUUCAGUAGCUCUUGAACUCCUGCACAUAAACGCAGUGGUCGUAACUGUCAAAGAACCAACACAUACAUCAAGCAAAACGAAAACACAACAUUUUCCAAUAUAGAAAAAAGGUGUAUGACUCCAGAAGUCGAAAACGUACAGAAAAUUGUACAAUUUGGAAGUGGUUCAAUGAAAAUUUGUGCAUUUAUUAACCACUCCAGAUAACAUUCCAAUCGCCUGAAGUAGAAGAACGCUUAGAUUGUAGUUAGCAGCAAUUUACGGUGCAUGAACAUGUGAAAACAAGUUGGUCAAUCCUAGUCAUUUACAUUGCAAGCGAAGAAAAUGAGAAUAAAUUACACAAUGAAUGACUUGGAUUAGAAACUAUAUGCUGUGGCGGGUUGACAUACAUUUUACAACUAUUCCAGCGCGAUUGAUACUAGUGUGCCGAUCAAGGAAAGGUGUUGCAUUUAUUGCAUUUGUUGUUUGAGAUUGUUUCCGGUUGCGACAUCAUAAAAAUAAACGAUUCCAAAAUGCUAACACACAAAAACAACCAAGGAGGCCGUAAGAAAAUGCAAGUGGCGUUCGUCAUACGGGAUGCAGAAGAAAAGCGGCACCGCAAUGGAGUGAAUGCACUGCAACUGGACACAAUUAAUGGGCGGCUCUACUCGGCCGGCAGGGAUGCUAUCAUUCGCUUAUGGAACUCGACGCAAACUACCUCCUCUGAGCCGUACAUUCAAAGCAUGGAGCACCAUAAUGAUUGGGUGAAUGAUAUCGUCUUAUGCUGCGGUGGUCGUAACUUAAUAAGCGCAAGCUGUGACACCACAGUGAAAGUUUGGAAUGCACACAAAGGUUUCUGCAUGUCGACUUUGCGCACACACAGAGAUUAUGUGCAGGCGCUUGCCUAUGCCAAGGAUCGGGAGCAGGUCGCCAGUGCUGGAUUGGACAAAGCCAUCUUCCUGUGGGACGUAAACACACUCACAGCAUUAACUGCCUCCAACAACACAGUAACAACGUCCAGUAUAUCGGGAUCAAAGGAUUCAAUCUACAGCUUAGCGAUGAACCCAUCGGGUACAAUAAUUGUGAGCGGAUCGACGGAAAACACGCUUCGAAUUUGGGACCCACGCACCUGCAACAAGAUAGCAAAGCUAAAAGGGCAUACUGAAAACGUGAAAGCCCUUAUCGUGUCGGAAGAUGGCACGCAGGUCGUGUCCGGCAGUUCGGACGGAAAGAUUAAACUUUGGAGCAUCGGGCAGCAGCGUUGCAUACAAACAAUUAGUGUGCAUUCGGAAGGGGUUUGGUGUUUGCUGAUGACCGAUGGCUUUUCGCACGUUAUAUCCGGUAGCCGAGAUCGUAAGAUUAUCAUGACCGAGCUGCGCAAUCCGGCUAAUAGUGUUCUAAUCUGCGAAGAGCAAGCGCCAGUGCUGAGCAUGUGCUACAACAUCGACCAGACUGGUGUAUGGGCGACCACAUGGAACUCGGACAUACGUUGCUGGAAGCUUCACAAAACGGAUAAACUCUGCAACUACAGCUACUCGAACAGUUGCAGCAGUAUUAACAAUGGUAGCGGCGAUGGUACAUCCGCUCCGGUUGCACCGGCACCAUCGUCUAACAGUAGACCGGCUACAUCCGUACCGGUGGGAACCGGUGUUGCUGCCAACGUCGGAAAAGGUUACGAGGUGGCCUGCAUUAAAGGUGGAGCCGCUAUUAAACGAUACCACGUGUUAAAUGAUAAGAGAUUUAUGCUUACGCGCGAUACAGACGAAAACGUAGCCAUCUACGAUGUGUUAAAGAUAAAGAAGGUCGAAGAUCUUGGAAAGGUGGACUUUGAAGAGGAAAUCAAAAAACGUAGUCAACGAAUUUAUGUGCCGAAUUGGUUCAUGGUGGAUUUGAAAACUGGUAUGCCAAUGAUAGUGCUGGGACAGGACGAGAUCGAUUGUUUUGCGGCUUGGGUUUCGGCGGAAGCUGGUCUUCCAGAGCAUGCAGAACCCGGUUCCGAUCCUAAGGUGAACUAUGGAAGUUUGCUGUUGCAGGCGUUGCUCGAACAUUGGAGGCCUGCACCACCCCACCACCACAUUCAGGGUGGACCGGUGGAACUGGAAAAUGGUUGCGAUGGUGACAUUCGUGGCAACGAAUACUUUAGCGUGCCGAAGCAUACACCGAUUAUUUUUAGCGAAGUUGGUGGCCGGAAUGUGUGCCGGUUGCUUGUGAAAGAUGCUGCCGGAGAAACGGAAAGUGCAUUGCUUAACGACACUGUCCCGUCAUGGGUUACAAAUGUGGUAAUUGAUAGAACGCUACCUAAGUUCAUCAAGCUUCCAUUCUAUCUCUUGGCACAUCCAUCGAUGCUGAAACAGGAUCGCAACAAGAAGGAACGAUUGAUAGCGAACGAGUUUAUCCAAUGUCGAAAAGUUUGUGAGCAUGUUCUAGAGAAGGUGCUAGGGUCAGAUUUGCCAACGGCUGGAAGCACCGGCAAUUCCAACUCGUCGCAAAACAACAGCCAAAGUGAUGGUAAUUCCGAAAGCAGCCAAAUACCGGCCGAGGAGCGGAUAGAGCUGUUGUGUAACGAGGUGCUGUGUGAUCCCAACAUGGAUCUUCGUACGGUGAGGCAUUUCAUUUGGAAGCAAUCAUCUGAUUUAACUUUCCAUUAUCGAACGAAAUUCAACUAAAGGUGGGACGAACGCUCACGACAUCAUGGAUGUUAUGUGACAUGAUCGAAAGAACACAUAUUGUUUGUACAUCUUCCAUGCCGUGUGAUAUGGAAGGUUGUAAAAAAAAUGAAGGUAAAGCUAUAAACUAUGCAAUAGUCACAAAAAUAAAUGGCUUUUCGACACAACUAGUACAUAAUCGUUGUUUAUGUUGUCUCAUUGUUAUCUACUUUAUAUUUUAAUUAC